CACAGAGAGAUAGUUGGGAACGACGAGCUAGAUCACAAACCAUAUAUAUAUAUACACGCCCUUGCCCUCAGUCAGUCGUAACGAGAGAACACCCCGGGCGGAUCGGAUUCGGACGCACGAGAUCAAACCGGACGUUGGAAGGACUUGCGAGGUCGAUUCUGGAUGCGGAUCGACGAGUUGAUCACCCCCACACCACCCUCUGCUCCGUCUACAAUCUCAGGAUCAGGAUCGGGAUCGGAACUUAUCGCUCAUACUCAUACGGAAGGAGUUGACUCGGAGGCGGCCUCGUUACUCUUGCAUUUCACCAGAGGAGAGGGAAACGAGGUCGCUCGAGAGGCUUCUUGUUCUUCGUCGUCUUCAUUCUCGAAAGGCUUGGGGUCCGAUGGGGGAAGGGAGGGAUCGCCGUUGAGGCCUGCACCUUUUCCCAUCGAGGGGAUCGUCAGUUAUGAUCGGUUACAACUACCUAGCAGCUCCACUAGGCCUGCAACGGUCGAAGGAAACCGGGAUGGUGCAUCCGCCACCGCCGUGAAAACCUGGGCAGGCCCGGCUCGGAAUCGAAGCCGGAGCGGAGGAACGUAUUCACCAACCCCUACUACGAUUACGACCAACUUGAACGUGAUCAGAGGUCGGUCUGUAUCCUACAAGGAUAAGGACAAGUUUCCUUCGGACACCUCAACCUCACCUAACCCCAGAAACCUUGUUGGCCGAAAUAAUGACAAUAGCAGUAGUGGUGGGAUCCCUUCCUCCCCGCAUAUAGCACAUGCACCAAUUGCAACUCCCUUACCCUCUCCCUUACCCUUACUCGACAAUCCACACACGGCGGCGCGUUUGGGCUUGUCGGCGCCCACAUUGCAAUCACACCUCCAACCUCCUCAGGAUUCACCAAUCGUCGAAAGUCAUACGUCCACGUCCACGUCUGGCCCUCGUCAUCGGACUCGGCUUGAAGCUGAAGGAUCCGUUCCGGUCCGACCUUCGGACGCGGGAUUAUCCGACCGUGCAGGCUCUGAUUCUUCUUCAGGUCGAAAGGGAAGAGGAUCUUCUUCAGCUGCUGCUGGACCAUCGCAAACUCGAAUUCAAAAUCCAACUCAAACUUCGACUUCGACUUCAAUUCCGAUUCCAACUCCGAUUACGACUCCCGGAUCAUCUUCUCGAGCACCAGGAACUCAAUCUCAAUCUCGAUCUCGGGUCCAGGUCCAGGUUCCGGUUCAGACGCAGGGAACUUCUCCGGACCACCUUGCUCUUACUCGGACCGCACCCGGUCCUAACCCUAAUCCUGAUCUUGGGGAUCGAGCGAGUGCAAGUGGUAAUCUUAUAAGGGCCGAGAUGAUCGAACCCGAACCCGCCAGACCUACAUUUACCACUAUAUCUACAUCUAUACCUGCAUCUACACCUGCAUCUACAACUAUAUCCACAUCUACAUCUACACUCACGCCUACAUCUACGGACGCCGAACAGAGGCGAUUAGAAUACCUGGUAUGGAAGUUCGGGAGGGACAUGCAGGAUACGGAUAAGGAGACGGCGGCCUCCCGUCGACCGAUUCUUAUCAGCAUCUUUAGAAGACUGGUCAUCCAGUCUUCGCUUGAGAUGAUCGAGCCGCUGGUUUACUCCAAGCUCGAGUUGCCGAACAGGUGUUAUGUCCAGUGUGGCCAGUGCAGGACAGAUGAAUCGGGUUACUCUUUCGAAAUGCUGGUGCAUCACCCUUUCCGAGACGAGAUGGACGAUUGGAGUCAAUGCCUCGCCCAUAUACUGAGCGAUAGACACUGUGCACGGGUGGAACAACAUCGAUUGGAGACCGGCAUCCAAGGCGUUCAUGGGGAUCCUAUUCGAAUGGAAGGUGUUCGGGUAGAAGCAGUUCGGCCGGACGCUCCUCAGCCUGCCGAACCCACCUUGAAGCGGCCGAGGGAGGGAGAAGAACAAGAAGAUGGCAAGCGCAAGAAACGAAUCGUCAAACCCCCGGACGCCCUUGGCUUCGUCGUCACAAGUGAACAAGAUGAGAAUGCGGAUGGAGACGCGGAUGAAGACGUCGACGAAGGCCUCUUGAGACUCGGCUUCCACACGUCCGAAGCGGCAAGGGAAUAUAUCAAGACUCGGUUCGACAUGACACAAGCCGAUCUCGAGCAAGACGACCUGGUCAGGGGCUACGCGGCCAUGGUGGUCGCCGAACAGAGUACAAAGGGUUCAUUCGACAAGAUCCCGGAUCUCGGAGCGAUACCUUGGGAUGGAGACGCGAUGAGGAUAGCCGAUGCGCUCACGGUUCUGGGCCUCGAUUCGGAAGACAUGCCCAUCAGCGGUAUGAAAUGGCCUCUGACUAGUCAGCAGUUGACGGCGGCAGCGAGUAUAUGGAAAUUGGCCGAUGAGCCGUACAAGGAAACACGCGGGUUCUUGCUGUGCGACAGCGUCGGGAUGGGCAAAACAUGCACUGCCCUUACGAUAUUCAUGAAGGAUAUUGGGGAAACGGGAUCGGUUCGCCCUACCCUGAUUCUGUGUCCCAGCGGGAUUCAGGCAGACGUCUGGAAAGCGGAGAUUGAGAAGCAUGUUCCCCAGCUCGCGGAAAAGUCUACAUGCAUCACCAAGGGAGGCGAUUGGGGCACACUGAGAACCGACUGGACCAAGUUUCCGAUCGUGAUACUAUCAUACGAGCUAUUACAAUCGUUCGGUAGCACAACGGCCACCCUGUCGCAAUCUGGCAAGGAUCUGGUUACCCAUAACGAGGACGGUUCGCAACCUGUCAAUAUCAACUUGUCGGAGUUCAUAGCUUACCGGAUCAUCGCCGAUGAGUUCCAGCAUAUGAGGAAUCCUCGGACGCGUCUAGCCAAGGUUGCGACUUCGUACGCAGACGAAGAACACAUCAAGCACGUCCUGCUAUUGUCGGGGACACCUAAUCCAACAAGCAUGUUGGAUCUCUGGACGCCGUUACGAUUGAUAAAUUCUCUCAAAUCGGACAAAGCCUUUGGCCCGUGGGCGAAACAACGAAGAAAGAGCCCAAAAAGCCAGUCGGAAGUCAUGCACCGGCUUUUGAAACAUCCAUUUUACAUGUCGAGACACUUCGACUUUUACGAGUGGCUCAGAAGUCGUGGUCUCGGUCAGUCGAAGACGCAUAUCGUCUUAUGCUCCCCAGGACAAGACGAGUCCGCCAUAGCGUUCUACCUCUUAAAAUGCUUGAGCGAGUUCGAGAACAGGCGCGAGGAGAAAUCGCUCCCCACCCAAAAAAUCCCAGAGGAUUCGCCAACUAUGAAGAUAUUGACCGGGAUGCGGGAGCUCUCGUUCUCUUUCCAAGCCUUCAAAGCUUGGUUCGACGCGAACCAAUCCUUGGUGAAAUUACAUGGCGAUAAGAUUGGCAAGCAUCUUCGUAACGCUCUGGAUGAGGUAGCGCUAUCUGCCAAGAUUACCAGCGUCAGCCAGGAAAUCUUCUCGGCACUCGGGGCCAACGCCGAUUCUAAGAUCCUCGUCGUCGGUCAGGACGAUGCCUUCAACGGACCCCUUCAGGAUCACCUUGAAGAGUUAGGAAUCCGCUCGUGGGAGGCGACAAGCACGACGCAGCCCGACACGAGUAUGAUCAUCUACGACUCCAAUUCGAAAGAUCGCCAUACGAAAAGCGAGUUGUUGACGCGAUUCGCCACCGACAAGCGCAUCCGUGUCAUGAUGGGACCGAUAACCCCCCUUUCUGAGGGGAAAAAUCUGCAAAUGUGCGACCAUCUCUUCAUACUGGAUACGCCACGAAGCAAGGCAGCGCUCAUGCAGAUAACCGGUCGCCUGAUGCGCAGGGGUCAAGAGCGUCCGGUGGUAAUAAAGCGCUUUACUACCACCGGGGGACCCGACGAAAUAUACAAUAGAAUGCUGGAUGAGAGCAUACCAAUGGGGGAUCUGCCCGCAGUCAAAGUGGACAGCGCGCAUCUGCGCAAGUGGUUGUCAGAUAAACUAGGCCGUCGAGGCGCCCGGGGCAAACCUAAAUCGCGACCUCGAUAGCCACGGGCAGAGUCGCGCCCCGACCGCUAUGGGAAGUAUUGGCGGACUUCUUGAAAUCGUAUCACGUAGCUCUUCCACAACGCACCGCACGCAUUGGCGCACAUGUAUCAGUGUAUCGUAGCGUUUGUAGCCGAUAUGUAUGGAUUAGAGGCUUGCAAAUAGAGCAGCCUAGUUCUAGAUCUCUGUUCCAAUAUCCGAAGG